AUGCCUGUAUCACACUUAACGUUGACCGUUUCCCACCUUCCUACCUCGACAUCAUUCUUCCUCUCCUGCCUACAGCCUCUAGGCUACAAGUUCAUUGGCCGUCAUGAUGACUAUAUUGGUUUCGGCCAAAAUUCCGAUGAACCUGCAGACUUUUGGAUAACAGAACAAAAGCCAGGGUUCCCCGCCGGCGCUGCUCAUGUUGCAUUCCCUGCCCCGUCAAAGGACGCAGUCCAUUCUUUCUUCAUCUAUGCUCUCAAAGCCGGUGGUAAACUCCAUGGCGAGCCCAAAACACGCGACUCCCAGUCAGGGUACUUUAGUGCUGCUGUGAUGGACAUGGAUGGGAACAGCAUCGAGGCCGUCUGGCGUCCCAGCCCCGAUGGUGGAAGCAGUCGAAGCUCUGUGGCCAGCAGGUCUAUUGUCAGCAAGCCUGCUCUCGCCCUCCUUGAGAAUGGCUCAGUCGUCUCAAAAGCCACCACCGUCAAGUCCGACGCCAAAUCCUAUGCAUCCAAGGCCAUCACCUCUGUGAGCCGGAAUGCUCCUUCAGAACGCGGCGGCACAGUUGUCUCGUCCCGUGAAAUCCAACAAGCGCCCCCGCAGACAUACGUCGUGCACACUCAUACCACGCAAAAGAGUGACGACAGCACCGCUGCCAAGACCAUAGUUGGCACACUCAUCGGCGCUGCCGCUGGUGCAGCAAUCGCCUACGCCAUGUCCAAGGGCGACUCAGAGACACCAGAGACAACCUCCACGCAACAAUACCCUCUUCCUUCUCCGCAGGAUUUUCGCCAGCUCCCAUCCACACCGGGAUUAUCACAAGCCCCUUCACAGAUCCAGGACUAUCAAAACUACCGAGCUAUCGAGGCUCCCCCUCCGGCGCGAAGCACCUACUCUCAAGCCAAUUCGCGCCCUCCCUUGACCCGGAGCGUGACAUCAAAGAACCCCUGGGCAAGUACCAUCUACGAAGGCACAGAGUACGGCACCCGCGGCCUCAAGGGCGGCAGCGUGUACAUGGACGACAUGGCCCGCCGCGCCUCGGAAGGCACCAUCUACAACCAAAGCGAGAUCCCCAUCCGCGCAAUCGAGUACCCUCCCGCUCUCGACGCCCAGCAGCAGUACCCAGGCGACCUAAGCACCCUGAUCAGCUCCUUCCGCGAGAAAUCCCGCAUCUCGGAAAAGGGCAGCGUCUACUCGACUUCCACCAGCAAGGCAUCCAAGACCCAGACCCAAUCCGUCCACAGCGCGUCCCACCACUCCAUCACAAAGUCCUCCAAAUCCCACGCCGGAAGCACCGCCUCGUCUACCCGGACGGCUCGCCAGAUCCCGCUCCCCGAGGGCUCAACGGCCUCGUACGCCUCAUACCGCUGGGGUGCGAAAUCCGCCGCGCGCUACGACGACGAUUUCGACGUCGAUACGCACGUUACGCCUGACGACUCGAUCAGCCAGGUCGGUGACUCGUCGGGGAGGUCGUCGCAUUCGCAUCGCUCGCAUCACUCGCAUCAUACACACAAGAGUCACACGUCCAAACGCUCGUCGAAAUUCGAUGAGCCCGUCAGACCGAGCGACAGUGUCAGUCAGGUCUCUAGUCAUGCCUCUCGCAUGACUCAGAAGACGGCCAAGGCUGCCGGAAGCACCGCGGGCGGUGGUUCUAAGGCCGGUUCGAAGAUGAGCAGUAGUCGCCGUGGAAGUCAGGUUGUCUGA